AUAAUAUUAAUUGCACAAGUAAUUAAGCUAUCGCUAAUAAUGGUUCGAUUUAAGUUAGCAUUCCUUUUUAUAGCGUUACUUCUGUUGGGCGGACGGCGGUGCUGUGAACUUAAAGUCAGUGCGUUUAGGGCGUAUCAAAAUAACUUUGUGGUUUUCGAGAUUACCUACGAGGGUAGUCCGAGAAGUAUCGCCAUUAGGUUAGGCGUAGAUCAGCCCGUGCUUAACAUCGAAAACGUUAAUCGUAUCGAGUCGUCUAGGAAUAAAGUAUCGAGACACGGCGUCAAUUUACAGCCUCUUCACUUGAGAGUUGGCGAUAAGAUUUACUAUAAAUUAUUCAUGGAAACGCAGGAUGGAAGGGGGAACUGCGAAACCGCAACCGAAAGUUUUCAAAUUCAGGAGAUUAAAAUCUUAAACCGAAACUAAUAGGUACUUAAUUCGGCGAUCAAACGGAAGACUAUUUGAUGUACUUAUUUCUUGAUGCAGAGUAAAUGUAAUAAAUUAACGCAAAAUGCAGA